CCGGGCCUCUGGCUGCUCAUUCCCGCAGCUAGACGCCGACCUGUGCCCAGCGCGCUGGCCAUGGACACCCUGGGCAGGCUGUUCCUCCUGGCCGCACUGCUCCUGGCACCUGCCGAGGCCCAGCAGGCCUCAGAGCGCCGGCUGAAGCCCUGGCUGGUGGGCCUCGCCGCGGUAGUGGGCUUCCUGUUCAUAGUCUUCGUCCUCAUGCUGGCCAACCGUGUCUGGUGCUCCAAACCCAGACCGGAUGAUGAAGAGGUCCCAGGCAGAAUGGAGCCCAGUGAGAACGAGUACACGGAGAUAAGUAAAAUAAACAAGAAGAAGCAGAAAAAGCAGGUGGACAGGAAGGGUGGUCACAGCAACGAGGCCUUGGAACUGGAGGAGAAGGAGUUCUCAGACGGCGAGAGAGACAAGAAAACAGCCUUGUGAAGCCUCCUGCAGUCUGGAGGAGCUCCACCCAGUCCACCCAAACCACAGCCGCUACAGGAAUCCCCACAUGAGGAGGCCAGCUCUGCCUGCCACGUAUCCAUCCACCGCCCACCCCCAUCCGUACACUCACCAUCGGCCCGUGUCCCUCCCCACCCCUCUGCUGUCAUUCCUCACCCCUAUCCUCUGACACAUCCAUCCUGCCCCCUGUGGCUCUGCCCCUGACUGUGCCUUUCCUGAUGGCCACGCACCCCUGAGCCCCUGCGCGGCUCCGGGAAGGCUUUGCGCCUUCUAGCGGAAUUUGUGUCCAGGAGGAGGGAUGCUCGCUCUGGGGCCCGUGCUUUCUCAGCCAGGGUCUCUCUUCUCUGGACGCCGCCUCCAUGGUCACCUGCUUCUGAGGACGUCCUCCAAGGGGCUCUCGCUUCAUGUGGCCAGGGGAGGCUGCUUUCGGUGACACUUCCAGCAAAGGCCACCAGGGGGAACCCCCCCAGCACUUUCCCUUAAUAAAGGCCCCUAAUGCUCUU